AAGACGACAGACGUCAUUGCGUUUUUGUAAAGUUAUCGACAAAUUAGUAUUAUAAAAAUAGAUUUUUAAACAACUGUAGUCUAUUUUGAGAUUAUCAGGCCUUAUUUAGACGCCGUCGUGUCUUACGUAAUUACAUGUGUGAUAAAAACUUCUCGGGCUUCUGUAAAUAAAUCGUCGAUAAAUAAACAUGGUGAUCUAUUGAAUCCUAAUGUGUUCAGGGCUAGAGCUCGUCUAGAAUUACGUCACGAUAGUGUAGUGUGCCGGUUGAGAUGGCAUAAGGUUAAGUAAUUAAGUGGAAGGUCCCUGAUGAUUCACGAUAAUUGACGUAGGUACUUGAGGAUUGUCGCGCGUGGUGUUGUGGUCUUGCCGUCGACCUAGACGGGGCGUUGACGUAUCUGAUAGGAAUCCGGUAGUGAUAAAUCGUAGAUGCGAUGAUCGAGAGUGUAUCCCGCCGCGCGUUCAGUAGUACCAGCGGUACAUACAACGUGCGAGCUUCGGAGCUGGCGCGAGAACGCAAGUUGAACAUAUUCAAUGUCACUGUGCAGUUUUUGGAUGACACCCAGCAGUCGUUUCAGAUCGAGAAAAAAGCAAAAGGAAGUGUUUUGCUUGAACAAGUAUUUCAACACUUGGAAUUGGUAGAGAAAGAUUAUUUUGGUCUCCAAUUCACUGAAAACGGAUCACCGCCAAAUGCCACUAACACUGAAAUAACGCGCUGGCUAGACAGUGGCAAGUCAGUUAAGAAGCAAGUAGGUGCCAACGCACAGUUCUGGUUGGCAGUGCGUUUCUACCCACCAGAGCCGUCUCGUUUGGCCGAAGAGUUCACAAGAUACCUGCUGUGCUUGCAACUCAGAAAGUUGCUGCUCGAUGGAAGAAUGACAGCGCCAAAGAACACAGCACUAUUGUUGGCCUCAUUUACGGUUCAAGCCGAACUAGGCGACUACAACGUAUCAGAGCACCCACCAAACUACCUUUCCGAGCUAUGCUUGCUACUAAAGCAGACCGGGGAAGACGAGCGAAGGAUCCGUGAGCUUCACAAACUACACAAAGGACAGGCCCCCGCUGAUGCUGAAGCUAACUUCCUGGAGCAUGCUAAGAGGCUGGACUGUUACGGCGUGGAGUCCCACCCGGCUAAGGAUUACAACGGCAAGGACAUUUUCAUUGGCGUGACGUCAAUCGGCAUAGUGGUCUUCCAGAACAACAUACGAGUGAACACAUUCUCUUGGAGCAAAAUCGUCAAGAUUUCUUUCAAGAAGAAACAGUUCUUUAUACAGCUGAAACGAGAACCUUCUGAAUCUUACGACACAGUGCUAGGCUUCAAUAUGCGUUCAGGACGCGCUGCAAAGGCCCUCUGGCGGUGCAGCGUCGAACGACACGGCUUCUUCCGCCUCAGUGCUCCUAGAAGGCGGCCCCUACUAGGCGCCCUAGGAGCCCUAGCGGGAAUUACCGCGCCUACUGUUCCUAGGACUGAGACGCAGGCGUUAGAAGACGCUAGGCGGUCGCGGUCUACGAAUAGGAGUUUUGAGCUUAGGAGGCGGCCCCUACUAGGCGCCCUAGGAGCCCUAGCGGGAAUUACCGCGCCUACUGUUCCUAGGACUGAGACGCAGGCGUUAGAAGACGCUAGGCGGUCGCGGUCUACGAAUAGGAGUUUUGAGCUUAGGAGGCGGCCCCUACUAGGCGCCCUAGGAGCCCUAGCGGGAAUUACCGCGCCUACUGUUCCUAGGACUGAGACGCAAGCGUUAGAAGACGCUAGACGGUCGCGGUCUACGAAUAGGAGUUUUGUAAGGACUGAGACGCAAGCGUUGGAAGACGCUAGGCGGUCGCGGUCUACGAAUAGGAGUUUUGUCAGGACUGAGACGCAGGCGUUGGAGGACGCUAGAAGGUCGCGGUCUACGAAUAGGAGUUUUGUUAGCGUGGAACGACACGGCUUCUUCCGACUCAGUGCGCCUAGGAGGCGGCCCCUACUAGGCGCCCUAGGAGCCCUAGCGGGAAUUACCGCGCCUACUGUUCCUAGGACUGAGACGCAGGCGUUGGAAGACGCUAGGCGGUCGCGGUCUACGAAUAGGAGCUUUGUAAGCGUGGAGCGACACGGCUUCUUCCGCCUUAGUGCGCCUAGGAGGCGGCCCCUACUAGGCGCCCUAGGAGCCCUAGCGGGAAUUACUGCGCCUACGGUUCCUAGGACUGAGACGCAAGCGUUGGAAGAUGCUAGACGGUCGCGGUCUACGAAUAAGAGCUUUGUAAGCGUUGAACGACACGGCUUCUUCCGCCUUAGUGCGCCUAGGAGGCGGCCCCUACUAGGCGCCCUAGGAGCCCUAGCGGGAAUUACCGCGCCUACUGUUCCUAGGACUGAGACGCAAGCGUUGGAAGACGCUAGGCGGUCGCGGUCUACGAAUAGGAGUUUUGUAAGCGUGGAGCGACACGGCUUCUUCCGCCUUAGUGCGCCUAGGAGGCGGCCCUUACUAGGCGCCCUAGGAGCCCUAGCAGGAAUUACCGCGCCUACUGUUCCUAGGACUGAGACGCAAGCGUUGGAAGACGCUAGGCGGUCGCGGUCUACGAAUAGGAGUUUUGUAAGCGUGGAGCGACACGGCUUCUUUCGUCUUAGUGCGCCUAGAAGGCGGCCCCUACUAGGCGCCCUAGGAGCGCUAGCGGGAAUUACCGCGCCUACUGUUCCUAGGACUGAGACGCAAGCGCUGGAAGACGCUAGACGGUCGCGGUCUACGAAUAGGAGUUUUGUAAGCGUAGAGCCACAUGGCUUCUUCCGCCUUAGUGCGCCUAGAAGGCGACCCCUACUAGGCGCCCUAGGAGCCCUAGCGGGAAUUACCGCGCCUACGGUUCCUAGGACUGAGACGCAGGCGUUAGAGGACGCUAGGCGGUCGCGGUCUACGAAUAGGAGCUUUGUAAGCGUGGAGCGACACGGCUUCUUCCGCCUUAGUGCGCCUAGGAGGCGGCCCCUGCUAGGCGCCCUAGGAGCCCUAGCGGGAAUUACCGCGCCUACUGUUCCUAGGACUGAGACGCAAGCGUUGGAGGAUGCUAGACGGUCGCGGUCUACGAAUAGGAGUUUUGUAAGCGUGGAGCGACAUAGCUUCUUCGGCCUUAGUGCGCCUAGGAAGCGGCCCCUACUAGGCGCCUUAGGAGUGCUAGCGGGAAUUACCGCGCCUACUGUUCCUAGGACUGAGACGCAGGCGUUAGAAGACGCUAGGCGGUCGCGGUCUACGAAUAGGAGUUUUGUAAGCGUCGAACGACACGGCUUCUUCCGCCUUAGUGCGCCUAGGAGGCGGCCCCUACUAGGCGCCCUAGGAGCCCUAGCGGGAAUUACCGCGCCUACUGUUCGUAGGACUGAGACGCAAGCGUUAGAAGACGCUAGGCGGUCGCGGUCUACGAAUAGGAGCUUUGUAAGCGUGGAGCGAUACGGGAUCUUCCGCCUUAGUGCGCAUAGGAGGCGGCCCCUACUAGGCGCCCUAGGAGCCCUAGCGGGAAUUACCGCGCCUACGGUUCCUAGGACUGAGACGCAGGCGUUAGAGGACGCUAGAAGGUCGCGGUCUACGAAUAGGAGCUUUGAGCUUAGGAGGUGGCCCCUACUAGGCGCCCUAGGAGCCCUAGCGGGAAUUACCGCGCCUACGGUUCCUAGGACUGAGACGCAAGCGUUGGAAGAUGCUAGACGGUCGCGGUCUACGAAUAGGAGUUUUGUAAGACGCAGUAGUUCCCGUACUCGCGAGCGCUCAGCGGGCGCGGCGUCGCCCGGGCAGCCCACACCAGGAGCCCGCGGCGCUCGCGUCACAGCACAUUCCGAGCCGCCGCCGCGCGCCGCCUGGCUCGCGCAGCCGCCGCCGCCCGACCCGGAUGACGGUGGUUUCCUCGAGCGCGCUCUUCGCGUGCCCUUAUCGUACGUGGACGAAUCGGACACUGGUUCCGAAGCGCCCGCAGAGGAGGCUGUUUGCAUCCGUUUGGCGGCCGGCCCGGACGGACGCUUCGGUUUCAACGUGAGGGGAGGAGGCGGUGCCCCGGUACUAGUGUCCAGGGUCGCGCCCAGGACUCGGGUGCAAUUACAAGAGGGUGAUCAGGAGGCUGUUUGCAUCCGUCUGGCGGCCGGCCCGGACGGACGCUUCGGUUUCAACGUGAGGGGAGGAGGCGGUGCCCCGGUACUAGUGUCCAGGGUCGCGCCUAGGACUCGGGUGCAGUUGCAAGAGGGUGAUCAGGUGAUAUCCAUAAACGGCAACGACGUGGAUGAGAUGACGCAUGAACAGAUGGUGCAGAUGAUCAGGAACACUCGGGGAGUCCUCACGCUGGUCGUCAAACCCAACGCUGUCUACGAACCAGAGGAAACCGGGCCGGAGGAACCGGCAGUAUGUUUUGUCCCUCUCGGCUCGGGCGAGUUCGAGGGAGACGCACUAGAACAGUCGAUGCUGUUACUUGGAGAUGGCUUGGCCAGUGGCGCAGCGUUAAAACAGUAUGAGACGUUACUAAGGAGGCUGCCGGACGAACCGUCCAACGUGUCCAAACUGCCGCACAAUUUGAACAAGAACCGGUAUAGGGAUAUAGCGCCAUAUGAUUCUACUAGAGUGAUAUUGAAGAACGGACCAACUGGCGAUUAUAUCAACGCUUCGUACAUCAACAUGGAAAUACCUAACUCUGAUCUCGUACUAACGUAUAUUGCAACACAAGGACCUCUCGCAUCAACAGUAGGCGACUUCUGGCAGAUGGUAUGGGAGAGUGAAAGCAGCCUCAUAGUCAUGUUGACGGUCCUUGCCGAGAGAGGCCGGGCCAAAUGCCACCAAUAUUGGCCCAAACUUGCCUCCACACCGAUGAAAGCUACGAAUAGCUUGACUGUUACUACCACUAGCGAGCAGAAUAGGGGACAUUAUACUCAAAGGGAAAUGUGUCUUAAGGGAUGCCACCAAUAUUGGCCCAAACUUGCCCCCACACCGAUGAAGGCUACAAAUAGCUUGACGGUUACUACAACAAGCGAGCAGAAUAGAGGACAUUAUACUCAAAGGGAAAUGUGUCUUAAGGACAACAACGGUGCGUCCCGCAUCGUGACGCAGCUCCAAUAUACCGCGUGGCCAGACCAUGGCGUCCCAGACGACUCCGCCGCCUUCAUACAGUUCACGCAGCUAUGCUCGGAACUUAGAAACCAUAGAGCUGUAAUACCAACAGUAGUCCAAGAGCCAGACGCCGAAGAGGAACGCCUACUGGACCCGCCGCUCAUAGUGCACUGCUCAGCCGGCGUCGGCCGCACCGGCGCGCUCAUACUGGCCGAGACCGCGCUCGAGCUGCUGUCUCGGAGGCAGCCGCUGUAUCCGCUGGAUCUAGUGCGCGCCAUGAGGACGCAGCGCCCCAUGUGCAUACAGAACGCGGUGAGUGACGUCACAGCCGGGCCGUGUCGCUGCAGCCGCUGUACCCGCUGGAUCUAGUGCGCGCCAUGAGGACGCAGCGCCCCAUGUGCAUACAGAACGCGGUGAGUGACGUCACAGCCGGGCCGUGUCGCUGCAGCCGCUGCACCCGCUGGAUCUAGUGCGCGCCAUGAGGACGCAGCGCCCCAUGUGCAUACAGAACGCGGUGAGUGACGUCACAGCCGGGCCGUGUCGCUGCAGCCGCUGUAUCCGCUGGAUCUAGUGCGCGCCAUGAGGACGCAGCGCCCCAUGUGCAUACAGAACGCGGUGAGUGACGUCACAGCCGGGCCGAGUCGCUGCAGCCGCUGCAGCCGCUGGAUCUAGUGCGCGCCAUGAGGACGCAGCGCCCCAUGUGCAUACAGAACGCGGUGAGUGACGUCACAGCCGGGCCGUGUCGCUGCAGCCGCUGCACCCGCUGGAUCUAGUGCGCGCCAUGAGGACGCAGCGCCCCAUGUGCAUACAGAACGCGGUGAGUGACGUCACAGCCGGGCCGUGUCGCUGCAGCCGCUGCACCCGCUGGAUCUAGUGCGCGCCAUGAGGACGCAGCGCCCCAUGUGCAUACAGAACGCGGUGAGUGACGUCACAGCCGGGCCGAGUCGCUGCAGCCGCUGUAUCCGCUGGAUCUAGUGCGCGCCAUGAGGACGCAGCGCCCCAUGUGCAUACAGAACGCGGUGAGUGACGUCACAGCCGGGCCGUGUCGCUGCAGCCGCUGUAUCCGCUGGAUCUAGUGCGCGCCAUGAGGACGCAGCGCCCCAUGUGCAUACAGAACGCGGUGAGUGACGUCACAGCCGGGCCGUGUCGCUGCAGCCGCUGUAUCCGCUGGAUCUAGUGCGCGCCAUGAGGACGCAGCGCCCCAUGUGCAUACAGAACGCGGUGAGUGACGUCACAGCCGGGCCGUGUCGCUGCAGCCGCUGUAUCCGCUGGAUCUAGUGCGCGCCAUGAGGACGCAGCGCCCCAUGUGCAUACAGAACGCGGUGAGUGACGUCACAGCCGGGCCGUGUCGCUGCAGCCGCUGCACCCGCUGGAUCUAGUGCGCGCCAUG